UUUCCACUCACUGGUUCAAUAAAGCUGCCUCCUCUCUGCUGCUUUAAUCCACUGACUGACUGAUGUGUAUUUGCUGAAAUGAGAUACCUCACUCAGCCUUGUGCAGGAGCAGGACUCUCUCUUUUUUUUUUUUCCUCCACUUCCUGCCCUCACUCAUGCUUCAGUCAAAUGGAGUGUAAAGACAACACGGAGCACCGCUGAGGAGCAUUUAGGACGAGAAGGAGCAGCUUCAUCCGAUUACUAAUUUUCUCCUGGGGUUAUAUUACUCUUACAAUAUCACCAACUUUCCAGCCAGUAUGACAUGUCUCCUCUAUGUCCGCUGUGUGAGGAGACUGUGGGCUCCAGCACCAGGAUACCGGCUUCUUAAAGUGGCAAACCUGCACAGAUCUGUGCAUCAGCUGCUACACAGAAAGGUAAUGGCGGAGGACAAACCAUGGGCUCUGAUCUCAGAGGUGGGCGAGCAGGGUUACUUCGAAGACCUUGCUGACAUCAUAAAACGAAACUUCAACGUUGUCUGCCUCAAAGACUUUCAACAAAACCCGCAGCUGCACGGCCCAAAAAUCCAGGCCGUGUUGUUGUGGAACAGCUUCCCUACUGUCGAACCUUCACUGCUCAGUUUGCUUCCGUCGCUGAAGGUGGUGGCCAACGGAGGAGUGGGCAUCGACCACCUGGACGUGCCGUACAUCAACAGUCUUGGUGUGAAGGUGACCAACACGCCCGGCGUGGUGAGCAACGCCACCGCAGAUAUCGGUAUGGCUCUGCUGCUGGCGUCAGCACGGAAGGUGGUCGAAGGUCACCACAUAGCCGUUGACCCGAAGACAACCCACCUACCACAAUGCCUGAUGGGAGAUGAAGUCUCUGAGUCGACACUAGGGAUCAUCGGAAUGGGAGACAUCGGAUACAAAAUCGCUCAGAGAGGCAAAGGGUUUGACAUGAAGAUCCUGUAUCACAACAGAAACAGAAGGAGUGUUGAGGAUGAGCAGGCAGUGGGGGCGACUUUCUGCAAGAACAUGGAUGACCUGCUGAAAGAGUCCGACUUUGUCAUGCUGGCGGUGAACCUGACGCCUGAAACCACAGGACUGAUCAGCCACCAGCAGCUGUCCCUCAUGAAACCCACAGCAACACUGGUCAACGUCAGCAGGGGUCGAGUUGUGGACCAGGAUGCAUUAGUCAAAGCUCUGCAGUCUGGAACGAUUCGAGCAGCAGCUUUAGACGUUACUUACCCUGAACCUUUACCCAGGGAUCAUCCUCUCCUCGGCCUCCCUAACGUGCUCAUCACGCCCCACGUUGGCACCAACACUUACACCACAACAAGCAAGAUAGUACAGCAGAUGGUAGACAAUGCUGUGGCUGCGGUGAAAGGCCUGCCUGCUCCCAAUGAAGUCAAGCCGAAAUAACUGAACUGAUGGCACACUAUCUGUCUGCAUUGACAAGUGUUGAUCUGUUGGCACUUGUGUUUCACUGUGAAAUAAAGGAAUAGGUACUGUUAUUAACACAUCGAUCUGUUUUUGCCUGUUUAGUUGCACCUUGUGUGAUUUACAUGAAUUCUUUCAUUUGUCACAGCUUGUUUUCCUACACAAAAUCCCAACCAUGCAUUUAAAAAGAAUAAAUAAAAUCUCACUAUUAAUAGCUGGCAGUAUAUUUGUAGGUAACAAAUAUAGUUCUUGAUUUAUAGUUGAUUUAGACUUUGUAAUUUGAUGAAUCAAGCACAAUAUUUCUGGUUGAACAAAGUGCUUCCUUUUGUUCUUAUUAGUUCUUCGUGUUUAAUCUCUCACUUCAUUUAACUCUGAUUAAUCCAAAAACUGUUCAGAAACUCAAGCUCAUACUAAAAAACUUAACAGAAUAAAGGGAAAUGUCUUGUCCAGAAUGAUAAUAUAGUGCAACCUGAUGUCAGAUAUUUUAUUGUAUUAAUUUCAUGUGUUACGAUGUGUUGUUAUUGUUGUCACAAUACUCAUGUUAAUUAAUAAUCUUCGUUUAGCAGGCUCUUUUAAAUUCGAAUCCCACGAAUAUGAUGCUGCAGUGUUUUGUUUAUCAAUAAAUAUCCAU